AUGGCCGAGCAAGUUGAAAAGAGCUUCGCCAACAUGGCCCUGAAGGACAGAGGCCCGUCGACGGUUGCUCUCCAUGCGGACGACGUUAUGAACAGUGUCACAGAUGUGUCUCCUCCAAUUCACCUGUCGACGACCUUUAGAUACACCGAGAACCCAGAUGAUCUGGUUCCUGAGCACGAAACCCAACCUGAUAGUGAAGGGAUAAAUAACUUUGUCUACUCCCGCUGCGGUGCACCAAGCAGCACCCGCUUUGAGACCAUUCUCUCACAACUUCUCAAUGGACACUGCCUAUCGUAUUCGUCCGGUCUCUCGGCUCUCCAUGCUGCCCUUGUCUUCUUUAACCCCCGCCAAAUCGCUGUCGGACAUGGAUACCAUGGCAGCCACGGCGUCAUAAACAUCAUCUCUCGUCUCACGGGCAUGAAGAAGAUAGAUCUUGACUGCCCUGCCGAGCAACUGGAGAAAGGCGAUUUAAUCCUUCUGGAGACACCGGUAAACCCACAUGGAACAUCCUUCAGCAUAGAAAGUUAUGCCCAAAAGGCUCGUUCCCGAGGAGCAUACAUUCUCGUCGACAGCACCUUUGGACCCCCUGGUCUUCAGGAUCCGUUCAAAUGGGGUGCAGACAUGAUCAUGCAUUCAGGAACCAAGUAUCUCGGAGGCCACAGCGACAUGCUCUGCGGUGUCCUAGCUACCCAACGAAAGGACUGGUAUUCAUCUCUUGCCGACGAUCGACAAUUCAUCGGCAGUGUCAUGGGUAGUCUGGAGUCAUGGCUUGGUACCCGAAGUCUGCGAACAUUGGAGAUUCGAGUGCAGCGUUUGAGCCAGAAUGCCACUAACCUCGUGGCUUGGCUUGACGCAGCGCUCAACAAGGGUAAAGACGGAGCUCCCGAGUCAACCGUCGCCGUCACAGACGAAGAAGCCAGUCUCGUCCAGAAGAUGGUUGCCAAAAUCAAUCAUUCUAGUUUGCAGAGGGAGGAUAAGGAGUGGCUUUCAAAGCAGAUGCCUAAUGGAUAUGGCCCUGUUUUCUCCAUAAUGAUGAAGGAGGAGAGGGUUGCUCGUGCUCUGCCAUCGAAGCUGCACUUUUUCCACCAUGCCACCAGUCUCGGUGGUGUAGAGUCGCUCAUUGAAUGGCGUGCUAUGAGUGAUGCUACUGUUGAAAGGGAGUUGCUGAGAGUUAGCGUUGGCUUGGAGAACUGGCAGGAUUUGAAAGACGAUAUCGUUGCUGGGCUAAAGAGCUUUGCUUGA